UGUUUGAAGUGAUGGACAAAGACAAAGCCAAAAGUUCUUCAACCAACGAUGAAGUCAUGAUCGAGAAACGCACCCUUAUCGACUCAGAGGAGGACGUUGACCAAUUGAAUAUCGAUUUGAGAGAUGACGUUCUACAAAGCAAGUUUUUGGAAUAUUUCUCUCGUAUCAUUGUGCCAAAUUCAUUCGCUGGAAAAGGAGACAAUGCCUGCUACAUAAUUGCUGAUUGUCUUUUUACAAGGCAAUUUUGGAAUAAGUUCACGUGGACUGGAGUAAACCGGGGAGAAAAAUGCAAACGUGGAUUUCGCGAGUUUGGAAACGUGACAGAGCUCAUUUUGAGUAUUGUGCAAAUUGGAGAUCCUUCGUACACAAGGAAAGAUUUGGAGAAAUUUUGCAAAACUCGUCUAUUCAGGCACUCCAAAACGCGAGCAAAGAGCAAAGUGAUUCGCAAAUCUUCAUGUCGUGUCAAGCAAGGAGUAGUAAAGAAAAUAGGCGGAAGUAAUAUUCAGGAUGGUGACUUGGUCCAGGAUGAGAUUAUUGAUGCUACGAAUGCCGAAACUAACAGUGGAACCGAUGAUGCAAGUGAAGUGGAUGAAGAACGUGCUUCUACAUCUUCAGAAAUCUCUGAAGAAGAUAGAAACAAUCAUGAGCCGAUGGAUAGUGAUGACUCUUCUGAAUAAUUUAAGGUUUAUUCUGUUUGAUUUGUCAAAAAAUUGGCAACCAUAAUUGAUUUCAAAAAUUUGAUUUGAAUGUAAAAGAAUGUGUUACUAUGAAAUAAACAAAAUCUUAUCUUUAUUACACUUCAUUAUUAAUCAAUUGUUACUUAUAAUUCCGAACCGUAUGCAUCAGUGGGAUAAACACAGUUGUAAGCUUCAAAUUAAUUGCUACCAUUUUACACAGUAUGGAUUCUGGCUUAUAAUAUUCAACUUUUGAAGAAUUAUUUUUAAGUUUAGAACUAAAAAUAUGCAGAAAUGAAGAUUUCAUUGGUUUGACGAAGAAAUCUCGUUUUUGUUUUAAAAAUCUUCCUUUGAUUUGUAUUCCUUCAUCGCUGUUAUGAAUAUCUGUCAUUCCUACUAAUUUUGAAUCCUUGGUUAGGAACCAUUUGUUCUUGAA